CUGUAUACUGCCCCCUGCCGCAUUGGAGGGUUUAUGACAGGCCAGGAUCACAUCCAUGAGUAGCUGCGUUUUGGGACCUAUAAGACGCUAUUAUUUAUCAAAUGGCUUAUACCAGAAUGAGAGAGAUUUUGUAAAAAACCUCACCUGCAGUAUAUGAAGUAUACUAAGGGAACGUCAUUUCCUUCAUUUCCUCUCUGCAUGGUAAUACCAACGUUCCCCGUCUUAAAUUUGAGUUCAAGCGAGCUGUAAGUGGGUGACAUGGCAACCGGAGGCACUCCUUUUGAUGACAGUGCAGAAGAGCUGCACAACUGGACUGUAACCAAUGGUAGUCUGGAGGAUAGACUCAACAAUCUGGACUGGGGUGUUCAGCAGAAGAAAGCUAACCGAUCUUCAGAGAAGAACAAGAAGAAGCUGCCGGCUGCAGUGGUGGAGAGCCGCCUGACUAAUGAUAUUUCACCUGAGUCCACCCCUGGGGCCUGUCGCAGGAGAGCACGCACCCCUCAUUCCUUUCCCCACAUCAAAUACACCACCCAGAUGUCUAUCCCUGACCAGACCGAGCUGGACAAGCUGCGUCAGAGAAUCAAUUUCACAGACUUGGAUGAGAGGAGCAUCGGCAGUGACUCCCAGGGGCGUGCCACAGCUGCCAACAACCAGCGGCAGUUAGCGGGAGAGAACAAGAAACCCUACAACUUCCUACCUCUGCAUGUAAACACUAACAAAAGCAAGGAGCUGCUCCCUCCCUCCUCAUCUGCCCCAGCCACACCAGCUAUCACCAAGGAAACUAAGAAGCAAAGCCCAGGAUUCAGGGAUAGGUUAACCCCUGUGGUUCCUACCAAGGAAACUCUGAGGCCCAGCCGUGGUGGCGCUGAGAGAGGACCCUCAGCGCACAGAGAAUACAGCAGAGGAGAACCGAGAAUAGACAGCAGCCAGGUGGUGAGCAAACUGGUACAGAUCCGGGAGUACAUCAGUAAGGCCAGCUCCAUGCGGGACGACCUGGUGGAGAAGAAUGAUGUGCCGGCCAACGUGGAGCGUCUCUCCCAUCUUAUUGACCACCUCAAGGAGCAGGAGAGGUCUUAUUUACGGUUCCUGCAAAACAUGCUGACGCGAGAGGAUGACGAGGAUGAUGCUGGGACCCUGGACUCUGCAGUGGGCUCAGGUUCUCUGGCUGAGAGCACUUCUCUUAACAUUGAGGUCCGUUCCUCAGAUGCCUCAAAUGCAACGGGCGGUAGGCCAGAAACGGUGCGAGCUGACCAGAAGGAAGAGCUUGAGAAUCUGCGUAAGCAGCACGAGCUGCUGAAGAAGAUGCUGGAACAGCAGGAGCAGCUCCGGGCCCUGCAGGGCAGACAGGAAGCAAUAAUGGCCAUGCAGGACAGUGCAGAGCAAGCACUCGCUGUGAUUGAAGACACUGUUGUCACAGAAACCACAGGCAGCGUUUCAGGCCUGAGCAUCACAUCAGAGCUGAAUGAUGAGUUGAACGAUUUGAUCCAGCGGUUCCACAACCAGCUACAUGAUUCUCAGACUAAAGCAGUGCCAGACAACCGUCGCCAGGCAGAGAGCCUUUCCCUCUCUAGAGAAGUGGGCUGGUCUAGGGCUCCCCAUGCUGUUGGUCCACCUCAACACAGGCCUCUCCUCCACUCUGCAUCUGGUCCCCAUACUGGUCUAGACACGGGGGCAACAGCUGCCAGUGCCAAACUCACUAAGCUCCAAGAGCUCCAAGACAAAAAGCAAACCAUGGACAAGAUCCUGCGGGAGCUGCAUUCUCUUCGAGACCAGACACUUAACAACAACUCAUGUCGUGGCUUGUCAACACGGUUCAGUCUGAGUAUGGGAGGUCCUUCACAGUGUCCAUCUGCUCUCUGCUCUAAUGGGGCCUCAGCUACCACUCCCUUUCAUCCUUCACGCACACAACACCAGGACAGCUCCAAUUCCACAGACAAGCUCAGGAAGCUAAAGGAGGUCCACAAGCGUUUGAAUGAGCUGCGGGAAUUGGUUCAGUACUACGAGCAGACCUCUGAUAUGAUGGUGGAUGCGGUCAAUGAGAAUGUGAAAGAGGAGGAUGACGAGGAAGAGGAAGAGGAAGAAGAUGAGACCGAGGACGGUUCUAUGUUUGAGGCCAUGUUUGACUCUGAGCUGGAGAACCGCCAGCCGAUAACAAACAUCAGAAACCCGCAGCGCAGUGGGAACUGGACAGACUUGAACAGCCUGACCAACAGGCGCAGUGUCAGGAGCAGCGCCACGAACAACCGUGAAGGAAGACUCAACACUGAGUGUGAGAUCAACAACCGGUCUGCAGCCAACCUCCGCAGCCUCAACAUCCCCUCAGCCAUAGAGUGCCAGUACAAUAGGGACACCCCCUAUAAUCAGGUGAAGGAUGAGGAUGAAGACCUAGAUAACGAUGAAGGGGCACAGGCUGUGGCAGCAGACAGUGAGGCAUCGGGAUCCAGUCGAAGAAGCAGUCUGGGAAACAAUGGCGGUUUUGCCCAGAAGGUUCAUCGGCACACAGCGAAGCAGAAACUCCGGCAGCUUCAGGAGCUGGUGGCCAUGGUUCAGAGUGACGACACUGAUGGCACAACAGCCAAUGAGGAUGAAGCUUUACACCAACAGCCAAACAAUACCAGAGCUACUGUGGUCGGGGCGUCGGGGAACAGAUCCAAACAGAAUCCCAGAGAACUCACACUCUCCAGCAAAGCCAGGGAGAAGCUGUAUGAGGAGAAGCUGCGUCAGCAGAAGCUGGAGCUCAAGCAGCUCCAUGAAGAGCGCCAGAGGCUCAUUGAAAUCCAAGGCAAGAUUCAGGAUCUGCAGUGGGCCUGCCCUGACCUCCAGUCAUCUGUGUCCAGCACGAUGAGUCAGCAGGGUUUGCUGCGGAAGGUUCCAGUAGCAGUUUCCACUCCGGCCACUGUCCUGGCUUCCUCCUCUUCUGGACCCCAAACUAACUCGGCCGCGUUAAAACCCACUGCUCCAGAAGCAGCUUCUGCUUCAGUCACUGACAAUGAGCAGCUGUGGUCUGAGAUGCGUCGCCACCAGAUCUUGCGGGAGGAACUGCGACAGCGCAGAAAGCACCUCGAGUCCCUGAUGGCUGAACACCAGAGGCGUAGAGGUCUCGGUGAAUCUCCUCGGCGUAUGGAGGACUCGGAGGUCCUUGCUACUCCCUCACAGUCUGUCAGUAGGGACGAAAGGACAAUGGCUACUUGGGGUUCCACUUCCUGUCACCUUGAGGACGAGGAUGAAGAAGAUAACGAUGAUGAUGAUGAUGAAUAUCACUCCGAGACGGGUGCAGAGGAGGAAGAGGAGCAGGAUGAAGGUGUAGAAAGCAGCUCUGAUGAUGACAUCCACAUCUACUCAUCCAGCAGGAACCAGUGCUCUUACAGUAACCGGAAGAAUCAAGGAAGCAACCUGAAGCCUCCACCAGCCUUCUCAGGUGAAGGCAGUGGGAUUCCAUCUCUUCACAACAAGGCUAAGGUCAAGCAGAAACGGCAACAGCAGUCCAGAAGUUUGAACCAGUCGGCGACGAGCCAGCAUGGAGCUGCACGGCGACAGGAGAACCUCCGCUGGGCCUCUGAGCUCUCCUUCGCCGAGGGCUCGGGUCAGUGGCAGGAACAGGUCAGCCAGCUGCAGAGACAGCUGGACUUCAGCACCAGCAUGUGUCAGACACUCCUGCAGGACCAGCAGACACUCUCUUAUAUGUUGCAAACCCUGCUGACGGGUCAGUACAGUGCGUUACCCAACAACCUGUCUUCACCACAGGUCCACCUGGUCAUGCACCAGCUCAACCAGUGUUACACCCAGCUGGCUUGGCAGCAAACCAAUGUACAAAGACUAAAGCAGGUCCUUAAUGACCUCCUUCAGCAGCAGCAGCAGCAUCAGCAGCAUCAGCAGCAGCAGCAUCACCAGGCUUCCUCUUCAACAGCAGGAUGGCAGGCAAAGAAGCAUGGCUCAUCCCAGGAAUCCAGCUCCGGCGCCCCAGCCUCCCCUGGUGUCUUCCUCCCCUUCUCCUCUACCCUGCAUCCUUCCACCAACAACAUGUCAACUGCUGCCUUAUCCCCUUUCCCUCCUAGCUUUAAUUUAUAUCCACCUUUCUCUGCUACCAUGGGCGAGUUCCCUCAGGGUGCUGCAAGUCAGGCAACCACUGACCACCCAAAGCAGCAGUUAGACCCCAACACCUCAAAUAAAACGGAGUACAUGAGUUUCCCUCCUCCACUGCAACGCUCUCCUCUUAACGCCACCACAGAUAGAGGACCGUCUGGCUGGCUUAAAACCGCCUACGCGAACAACACCGUCCAGCAUCAUCGAUCCAAAACGGAGCCCCAAGAGUCCCCCUCCUCCUCCCCCACUUAUGCCAGCCGCCACCCCAGACCUCAAGAAUUUGACCGGUCAUCACAGGAAAGCUUCAGCAGCAUGCCUGAUCCUGUUGAUCCCACCACCAUCACGAAGACUUUCAAGGCCGGGCGCAAGGCCUCGGCACAAGCCAACCUAGCCUCGCGGAGCAAGACGCCCAAUCCCAAGAGUCGCCGCAGGAGGAGCAAAGGGCACAACAAGAACAGUGAAGGCCAUGAGAGUGACAGUGUUAGCAGCACUGCAGACUUUGUCCAGAAGAGGGCAGCCCUGUCUCACCAGAAGGAUCAGAAUAAGAGUCUGUUGGACAAGCUGACUCGAGAGAAACUCGACAGCAAAACUAAGCUCGGAAACAAAAGAAACGACAUCUCAUCUGCCUAUGCUUGGAGAACACCCUUCCUCUCUAACAGAAUUGCAUGCACAGAAGCACCAGAUGCAAGCAGCGACUUCUCACUGUUCGAGGCACUGAGAGAGACCAUCUACUCUGAGGUGGCUACUUUGAUAUCCCAGAAUGAGUCCCGCCCCCACUUUCUCAUUGAGCUCUUCCAUGAGCUGCAGUUGCUCAACACAGACUACUUACGGCAAAGGGCACUGUAUUCCCUCCAGGAUAUAGUGACCAGACACCUGGCAGAGAAGAGUGCAGCUGAGGACCAGUUGCCCCCUCUUGGUCCUGUGGUGUGGGCUGCAGGCUCUCAGUCUGAGCUCACGCCCAGUGAGAGUUUGGCAACCAGUGAUGCAGAAGUCGUGGAGAAAAACUUGAGGCUCACACAGGCCAUGAUGAAGAAGAGGGAUGAUGCAGAAUCUGUGGGCAAUGCCAGCACCAUGUCAACCUCCUCCAACCUGGAACCGUUUGCUAACGAUAACCUGGGCAACACAGUGAUUCAUUUAGACAAAGCUCUGGCCAGGAUUAGGGAGUAUGAGCGCAUGAAGCUUAAAGCUGAGUUUAACCCCUGCAACGCCAGCUCUGCUGAAGUUUCUUUUGCUGAGCAUCCUUCUGCUUACCCUGCUGAGCCAGUGGAAGGAGGUGCAGCUGGUGAAGUGCACUGUCCUCAGAUUGACACCCAGCAGUUGGACCGUCAGAUCAAAGCCAUCAUGACAGAAGUCAUUCCUUUCCUGAAGGAGAACAUGGAUGAGGUGUGCUCCCUCCAGCUGUUAACAUCGGUGCGCCGCAUGGUCCUUACGCUCACCCAACAGAACGAUGAAAGCAAGGAGUUCGUACGCUUCUUCCACAGACAGCUGGGAGGCAUACUGCAGGACUCUCUUAGUAAAUUUGUGGGCCGUACCCUGAAGGACUGUGGGGAGGAUCUCCUGGUGGAGAUCUCAGAGAUCCUCUUCAACGAACUCGCCUUCUUCAGGCUCAUGCAGGAUUUGGACAACAGCAGCAGCAUCGCCUUGGCAGCCAAACACAAAAAUAAGAAGAGAACUGAGCAAACCAGUAGGGCGAAGCACGGCCUCAAGGAAAAUACAGUAGCUGGUGAUGAUAAAUCAACUUCUCCAGCCUACACGGAUGAAGACAAGGACCAAGAUGAGGCUGAGCAGGAAGUCAACCUCCAGGAGCUUUACCUGCAAACAGAGAUGAAGAACGGCAGGAGCAGUGUAGCUUCAGAGGAGGAAGAUGAGGAUGAAGAGGAUGGACAGGGAAUCCCUCUCUCAAUCAGUCUGUCUAAAGCAGAGACUCAGGCCCUGACCAACUACGGCAGUGGAGAGGAUGAGAACGAUGAGGAGGAGAUGGAGGACUUUGAAGCUGGACCUGUUGACGUGCAAACGUCCUUGCAGGCUUCAGCUGACGGACAGGUGGAGCAGGAGGGAACGACACACAGCGAAACCCAGGAGGCCAAAGCUGAACAGAGGAGUUCAGAUUAUUAUGAUGGCGAAAUCAGUAAGUCAGUUGGGACUGUGGACUCCACAGUCGAGGACCCUGACAUGGCAGAGUGCCAGCAUCCUAAAGAGGAGAGUAACCUGGUGGCAGCUGUGGCCUCAGAAGGCUCCCAUGAAGUCACUCGUGAUCAGGACGUCCUCAAGGAGUCCAACACUACGAGCAGCCCCGACACCGACUCCCCCGUCAUGAUCAACGUAGACGAGAUGGGCUCGGGUAACACCAGUCAGAAAUCUGAUGAGGAAGACUUCGUGAAGGUGGAGGAUUUACCAUUACAACUCACAGUCAUGUGUGAGGAGGAACUCCAGAUGAGAAUAGUGGAGGAGCAGCAGAAUAACAACCUGUCAGUGGAGAUCCUCAAUGGAAACGCUGAAUCGCUGACUGGGCUGGUGGGAAGUGCACAAGCACUGAAGGAACCAGACACCGCUGGAGACCAGAGUGCGUAAAGAUUUAUACCGAUGUCUCAACAUCUACUGUUUUUUAGCAACACUAUGCUUGCACCCUCAAUCUGCUCUGGAUGUACGAUUGUUGAUUCUUUAUCUGCUCGUUUAAAGGAGCAAAGGCUCAUAUUAUUGGUCGCAAGUUAGCUGCGACUCGAAACACCGAUACAACUAAACAUCGCCGUACAUAAUCAACAUUCAUGUUAUUCCUGAAUGUUUAAUGUGAUUCAUGGGUAAUCUGGGAGGGCUCGUCUUUAUGCUGCUGAUAACGACAGUUGAACCUGUCCGAGUCUUUAUGGUCCGGAAACUCUCGGUCAGAUUCGCCUUAGUCUCCUUCUUGGUUCUGGGAUCAGUUUAACAUGAGUUGUGAUUUUAUUAUUUUUGUUUUAUGUCUUGGCCUUAUUGUUACACAGCUCGUCUAUUCUGCGCUCGAUUCCUAACGAUAAGGAGAUUCCAGUAGGAUGGAAGUUCAGUGUAGACCGACUGACUUUAGCUAAUGGUUUCAUUACAUCAGAGCUCAAAGCUCAGAUUUAACUUUUAUCCCUUCAGACACAUCUUUAUAUACUGUUCUGUUAAUGUUUAGUCACCAUUGAUUUUCAUGUAAUUAAAAUGUUGACUACAGUCAUGAGUUUUAAAUAAUAAAAUGCUUGAAAUUA